GGCAGAAGUUGUUAGCCAACUAGAAAAAGGAGGAUAAUCAACGCUCUUGGUGUUUCAAGGACGUUAAAAAAAACAUUUAAAAAAAUGUUGAAAGAGUUUAUAAAGGAGCGACUAAUGGCGGCAGCUGAUGAAAUAUUUUCGCUCUUUGAACAAACCAUUGCGUCUUACGAGGAGGAACUUUCUCGAACGAGAGCGGAGAAGGAGCGACAUCAAACUGUGCGACAUAUUGAAGACGCCCAGCAGGUGAUUGGCCAUCAAAAGGAAUGUCCCCUUCAAACGCAGGGGGACCCACAGUCCCCCCACAUUAAGUACGAAGAGGAAGCAAUCUCGACCACUCAGGAGGUAGAGUGUCUUCUCGGACUGGAGGAAGCUGAUAUCACUCAGUUGCCAUUGACUGGUGUCUCCGUGAAGGCAGAAGACCAUAAGGAAAAACCACAAGCGGACAACCUCUUAGCUCCGCUAUCAGACAGUGAGGCAAUGUCUCCUGGAGAUGAAGACAGGGACGACACCCAAGAACCUGCGAGCGGUGAUACAGACUGUGAAGGUGAUAUGAGGAUUCGCAUUGACAACAAACACUCUGAUUGCUCUAAAAAGAAGGCAGUUAAGAAAUGUUUGACCUGCUCAAUUUGUGCUAAAAGAUUUUCUUAUGAGAGUAAUUUGAAUGCGCACAUGCAGUCACAUAAUGCAAAACCCUUUAGUUGUUCAGUUUGUGAUGAAAGGUUCACUCAAAAGGUAAACAUGCGGUCGCACAUGAGAACGCACACGGGAGAAAAACCUUUUAUUUGUUCAGUCUGCGGCGAAAGCUUUUCUUCUAGGAGCAAUAUGAAGCGACACGUGCGGACACACACUGGAGAAAAACCCUUUAUGUGUUCAGUUUGUCACAUAAGAGUCUCUCGGAAAACAAGCAUGGUGUUACACUUGAGAACGCACACUGGUGAAAAACCUUUUAGCUGUUCAGCUUGCGGCGAAAGCUUUUCCACUAAGGGCAAUUUAAAUACACACAAGCGGACUCACACUGGAGAAAAACCUUUUAGCUGUCCGGUUUGCGGCAAGCGAUUUUCCCAAAAGGUAAAUAUGGGUGUACACAUGAGAAUACACACGGGAGAAAAACCUUUCCCUUGCUCAAUAUGCGGCAUACCCUAUUCUUAUAAACGCAGUUUGCAUUCACAUAUGCGGGGACACAUUUAAGAAUAGUGUUCGGGGGCUCAAUUGGGGUAGAAGUGUGCCUCCAAAGUCCCCCAACAGUACACACUCAGGGCAAAAAUAUCUUAGUCGCUCUGUUUGUUUUAAAUGGCACGGAACCCAGUGAUGUUUUGAUUCAAAAUCAGCAGUAAUAAAGCUAUAAAGGCAAACACCUAAAAAUGGUUGUCGUUGUUUAUAUACUACGGGACAUAUGCACUCAAAAUGUAAGUCAUUUGUAAAGGAUGAAAAAGUAAAAAUACAAAUAUUUUAUUUAUCUCUGA